AUGUCUGGUUUUCCACUUCAAUACCCACCCGGUCGUGAAUUGACCGGUGGAGACUUACUUGCCCAGUCACUUAAGCACCUCGGCGUGGAGGUUGCCUUUGGUUUACAUGGCGGCCAUCUUGAUGCGUUUUUGAUGGGAUGCGAGAAUAUUGGCAUCCGGCUGGUUGAUAGCAGACACGAGACGGCGGCCGUCCAAGCAGCUGAGGGCUACUGUCGCGUGAGCACGAAGCCCGUAGUUGCCUUUGUGACGGCCAACAGCGGGUUUUCAAAUGGCUUCCCCGGCCUGGCUACGGCCUAUGGUGACCGAAGCCCCAUUCUAUGCAUUACAUCGUCGCCUCCCCUCCGCGAUACCGAGAACAAUGCUCUCCAAGGAAUGAUCGAUCAGGUUGUGGCUGCGCGUCCGGUCACCAAGUUUGCCCACCGGGUGGUCGCGCCUGAAGAAUGUCCUCGGAUCGUAUCGCAUGCUCUCCGCGUCGCACAGUCGGGGCCUCCAGGCCCAGUUCUCCUUGAUUUUCCCAUCGAUGUGCUAUUCACACCAGUUCAUGCGAAGCUCAUCGCCUGGGGGUCAAUCUCUUCUCCUCGGUCAUACCUACCAGGCCCGCAUGAAGAGGCGAUCGAAGCAGCAGCUGAGCUUUUGGCCACCGCAAAACGACCUGUUAUAAUCACAGGCACUGGAUCAAGGAAUGCACGGCAAGGCAUCCUUCAGCUGGCAGAAGCAUGCAAUGUUCCAGUUUUCGGCACCUCCAAGUUCGCAAGCUUUACCCCAAAAUCAGCUAUGCUCGCUAGUGCCACUGCCGGUGUACUAGCUACACUUCCGCUAGUCCAUCUUCCUCGCCCCGACCUGAUUCUCCUCCUAGGAACUCGAACUGGCAUGUUCCUCGGCGGACGAAGCCACGCUAUCAUACCAGAGCAAGAUUGUAAGCUGGUACAUGUUGAUUGCGAUGGUGGUGAGGUCGGACGUACACUUUCAACAGACCUUGGAAUUGUGAGUGAUGUUGGAGUAUUUGCGUCGUCACUGAACAAGAAGUUAGGAAAUUCGCCCGAGGUGCAAGUCGACAAAUCAUGGGUUCAGGCUCUACUCAAUUUGUCUUCUGCCGAGUCGCCCUAUGAAAAAGAUCCUGAACAAACAAGCUCGGGCCGACUUCACCCCUACCACGCUGUCGAACAUGUCAUGUCAUCCAUCGAACCAGGAAGUAUAAUUGUUUUGGAUGGUGGCGAGGCAUCAGUUUGGGCUGGUGACCUUUCAUCGCGAUGCCAACCAAGCUUGGUGAUGACUGCAACUGGAUAUCUUGGCUGUCUUGGUAAUGGCUUCGGAUAUGCCCUUGGCGCGGCAAUUGGUGCCCCGGAGAGGAAAGUCGUCAACAUCCAAGGAGAUGGAUCUGCCGGCUUUCACUUGAUGGAGCUCGAUACGUAUAAGAGAUUCAAUCUGAACAUUCUGACAGUGGUUAUCAAUAACUCUCGCUGGGGAAUGAGUAUCAACGGCCAGGACCUGGUCUACGGGUCAGACCAUCUUGCCCGACCCGUCAGUUCUCUCAGCUCCGGGACUCGAUACGACAUUGUCGCAGAGGGUCUACAGAACGAAACCGCCAGACUGGAUCACAUUGCCGACAUUAAAAGCACGGUUUCUAGACUCCAAUCAAAGACGGGGCCAGGCUGCAUUGACCUGAUUGUGGAUCAUAAGCCAGUCCAUCCAAUUACAACUGCAAUGGUCGGACUGACAGAUGAUCCGAACUCGGUCGUUGUGCCUUAUUAUGACAAUAUUCCCCGCUCUUACUACAAGUCCUGA